AUGUCUGACUCUCUCUGGACCGCGCUUUCUAAUUUCUCGAUGCCCUCCUUCCCUGGUGGCAGUAUGUUCCGCCGCACCAAGAGCUGCCGCACCAGUAACCGGAAAAGCCUCAUCUUGACCAGCACUUCGCCCACGCUGCCGCGACCCCACUCCCCACUGCCUGGACAUUUGGGUAGCAGUCCCCUGGAUAGUCCCCGCAACUUCUCCCCCAACACCCCCGCCCACUUCUCGUUUGCUUCUUCCCGAAGGGCGGACGGACGGCGUUGGUCUCUGGCUUCACUCCCUUCGUCUGGCUAUGGCACCAACACACCCAGCUCCACUGUCUCGUCUUCCUGCUCCUCCCAGGAGCGCCUGCACCAGCUGCCCUACCAGCCCACCGUGGAUGAGCUCCACUUCCUCUCCAAACACUUCGGCAGCACGGAGAGCAUCACCGACGAGGAUGGCGGCCGCCGCUCCCCCGCUGUGCGGCCCCGCUCGAGGAGCCUCAGCCCCGGGCGCUCCCCCUCCUCCUAUGACAACGAGAUCGUGAUGAUGAACCACGUCUACAAGGAGAGGUUCCCGAAGGCCACCGCGCAGAUGGAGGAGAAGCUGCAGGACUUCAGCCGAGCCUACGAACCUGACAGCGUGCUGCCGCUGGCCGACGGCGUGCUCAGCUUCAUCCACCACCAGAUCAUCGAGCUGGCCCGGGACUGCCUGACCAAGUCCCGCGAUGGCCUCAUCACCACCGUCUACUUCUACGAAUUGCAGGAGAACCUAGAGAAGCUGCUGCAGGAUGCUUAUGAACGUUCUGAGAGCUUGGAGGUGGCCUUUGUCACUCAGCUGGUGAAGAAACUGCUCAUUAUCAUCUCUCGCCCUGCGAGGCUGCUGGAAUGCCUGGAAUUCAACCCCGAGGAGUUCUAUCACUUGCUAGAGGCAGCCGAGGGCCAUGCCAAGGAGGGUCACCUUGUCAAGACAGAUAUCCCUCGUUAUAUCAUACGCCAGCUGGGCCUCACCCGAGACCCUUUUCCAGACGUGGUGCAUCUGGAGGAACAGGACAGUGGUGGCUCCAACACGCCAGAGCAGGACGACCUGUCUGAGGGCCGCAGCAGCACCACCAAGGCUAAGAAACCGCCUGGAGAGAGUGACUUUGAGACCAUCAAGCUCAUAAGCAACGGUGCUUACGGUGCUGUCUACUUGGUGCGGCACCGGGACACGAGGCAGCGCUUUGCAAUGAAAAAGAUCAACAAGCAGAACCUGAUCCUGCGCAACCAGAUCCAGCAGGCCUUCGUGGAGCGCGAUAUCCUCACCUUUGCUGAGAACCCCUUUGUGGUCAGCAUGUUCUGCUCCUUUGAGACCCGGCGCCACCUCUGCAUGGUCAUGGAAUAUGUGGAAGGGGGGGACUGUGCCACCCUGCUGAAGAACAUCGGGGCGCUGCCUGUGGAGAUGGCCCGCAUGUACUUUGCAGAGACUGUACUGGCACUUGAGUACUUACACAACUAUGGCAUUGUGCACCGUGACCUCAAGCCUGACAACCUCCUCAUCACCUCCAUGGGCCACAUCAAGCUCACGGAUUUUGGCCUCUCCAAAAUGGGGCUCAUGAGCCUUACCACUAACUUGUAUGAAGGCCACAUCGAGAAGGAUGCUCGGGAGUUCCUGGACAAACAGGUGUGUGGGACCCCAGAAUACAUCGCACCCGAGGUCAUCCUGCGCCAGGGCUAUGGCAAGCCGGUGGACUGGUGGGCAAUGGGCAUCAUUCUCUACGAGUUCCUGGUGGGCUGCGUUCCCUUCUUCGGAGACACGCCUGAAGAGCUAUUUGGACAGGUCAUCAGUGAUGAUAUCCUGUGGCCUGAGGGAGAUGAAGCCCUGCCCACAGAUGCCCAGCUCCUGAUAUCCAGCCUCCUGCAGACCAACCCCCUAGUCCGGCUUGGGGCAGGGGGUGCCUUUGAGGUGAAGCAGCACAGUUUCUUCCGAGACCUGGACUGGACAGGGCUGCUGAGGCAGAAGGCAGAGUUCAUCCCCCACUUGGAGUCUGAGGAUGACACCAGCUACUUCGACACCCGCUCAGAUAGGUAUCACCACGUGAACUCCUAUGAUGAGGAUGACACGACGGAGGAGGAGCCUGUGGAGAUCCGCCAGUUUUCCUCCUGCUCCCCGCGCUUCAGCAAGGUGUAUAGCAGCAUGGAGCAGCUGUCGCAGCAUGAGCCCAAGACCCCCGUGGCGGCCGCGGGGGGCAGCAAGCGGGAGCCUAGCGCCAAGGGCCUAGAGGAGAAGGUGGCCGGCAAGCGGGAGGGCCUGGGCAGCCUGACCCUGCGCGAGAAGAGCUGGAGAGGGGGUUCCCCAGAGAUCAAGCGCUUCUCGGCGUCCGAGGCCAGCUUCCUGGAGGGGGAGGCGAGUCCUCCCUUGGGCGCGCGCCGCCGGUUCUCGGCACUGCUGGAGCCCAGCCGCUUCAGCGCCCCCCAAGAGGAUGAGGAUGAGGCCCAGCUUCGCAGAUCCCCCAGGCCCAGCUCUGACCCCCCAGGGUCGCUGGAUGUACGGGUCCCCAAAGAGGCAGCUCAAGGGGAUGGCACCACCAGCGCCGGGGACUCCGAAGCCACUGACCGACCCCGCCCAGGUGACCUUUGCCCACCUUCGAAGGAUGGGGACCCAUCAGGCCCAAGGGCCACCAAUGACCUGGUUCUGCGCCGGGCUCGGCAUCAGCAGCUGUCAGGGGACCCUGCAGUAGAGAAGCGGCCUUCUCGAACCGGGGGCAAAGUCAUCAAGUCAGCCUCAGCUACUGCCUUGUCUGUCAUGAUUCCUGCAGUGGACCCCCAUGGAAGCUCACCCCUGGCCAGCCCCAUGUCCCCACGAUCUCUCUCCUCCAACCCAUCCUCGAGGGACUCCUCACCCAGCCGGGACUACUCACCAGCUGUCAGUGGGCUCCGCUCCCCUAUCACCAUCCAACGCUCUGGCAAGAAGUAUGGCUUCACGCUGCGAGCCAUCCGUGUCUACAUGGGUGACUCAGAUGUCUACAGUGUCCAUCACAUUGUCUGGCACGUGGAGGAGGGGGGCCCAGCCCAGGAGGCAGGGCUCUGUGCCGGGGACCUCAUCACUCACGUGAACGGGGAGCCUGUUCACGGCAUGGUGCAUCCUGAGGUCGUGGAGCUGAUCCUUAAGAGUGGCAACAAGGUGGCAGUGACCACAACACCCUUCGAAAAUACCUCCAUUCGCAUCGGCCCUGCAAGGCGCAGCAGCUACAAGGCCAAAAUGGCUCGGAGGAACAGGAGACCCUCUGCUAAAGAGGGCCAGGAGAGCAAGAAGCGCAGCUCCCUCUUUCGCAAGAUCACGAAGCAGUCGAACUUGCUUCACACUAGCCGCUCUCUGUCGUCGCUGAACCGCUCGCUGUCAUCUAGCGACAGCCUCCCGGGCUCACCCACCCACGGGCUCCCAGCGCGCUCACCCACCCACAGCUACCGCUCCACACCCGACUCUGCCUACCUAGGUGCCUCUUCCCAAAGCAGCUCACCCGCCUCGAGCACGCCAAACUCGCCAGCGUCGUCAGCAUCCCACCACAUCCGGCCCAGCACGCUGCACGGUCUGUCGCCAAAGCUGCAUCGUCAGUACCGCUCUGCGCGCUGCAAGUCUGCCGGCAACAUCCCGUUGUCGCCGCUGGCUCACACGCCUUCGCCCACGCAGGCAUCACCACCACCACUGCCAGGCCACACGGUAGGGAGCUCGCACACAACACAGAGCUUCCCGGCCAAGCUGCACUCAUCGCCGCCGGUUGUGCGCCCGCGCCCUAAGAGUGCGGAGCCCCCGCGCUCCCCGCUCCUCAAACGCGUGCAGUCAGCAGAGAAACUAGGAGCCUCGCUUGGCGCCGACAAAAAGGGCGCACUGCGCAAACACAGCCUCGAGGUGGGCCACCCGGAUUUCCGCAAGGACUUCCAUGGUGAGCUGGCGCUGCAUAGCCUGGCUGAGUCUGAUGGCGAGACGCCCCCUGUCGAGGGGCCUGGCGUGCCCCGGCAGGUCGCUGUUCGCCGCCUGGGCCGCCAGGAGUCGCCCCUCAGCCUGGGCGUGGACCCGCUCCUGCCCCAGGGCACCCCCAGGCCUGCGGGGUACUCAAGUAAAGAGGAGUCCCCUGGCGGUGCUGAGGCCUGCAACCAGACCCGCACGACAACUCCCGGGGGCCGGACCCUGGAGCGGGAUACCAGCAGCACACGGCACCAGAGCGUGCAGACAGAGGAUGGUGUGGGCGGGGCAGCUAGGGCCAUAGCCAAGGCUGCACUGAGCCCUGUACAAGAACAUGAGACAGGCCAGCGCAGCAGCUCUGGUGAGGUGGGCACGCCCCCAGUGCCCAUUGUUGUAGAGCCCGAGAGGUCUGGGGCCAAGGUCGAGGUGCCUCAGCCUCUGGGUUCAGACUCUAAGGGGUUGCAGGGAUCCAUACCCCUGGCUCCUCCUGCACAAGAGGCCCUCCAAGGCCCUGAACGCUGGGUGCUAGAGACGGUGGAGGAGCGGACCAUGAUGAGCGGACCUCGCUCCAAGCCCACCUCCCCCAAGCUCUCCCCCGAAGCCCAGACCCGUUCUAUAGCCCCUAUGAAAAAUGCAUCAAGCAGCACAGGUCCUCCAGCCCCAUCCACUCCCCUUCUUGUCCCGGCCACCAAGCCUGAGGUGGGGUUGGCUUCCAGGUACCCUGCUGAAGCUGUGUCCCCCUCAGGCCUGACCAAAAGGGCCCCCUGCCCCACGCUCCCUGGCCCAUAGCCAACGGAAUCGCUGGCCCUGCACUGUACAGCCGCCUGUAUACAUAUGUACACAUAUAAAUAAAGUGCGUCUGUGCUUCGUGAGCUUUCUGAGGUUUGCCCCUCCUCCCUGGCAAAGCAAGGUUUCAGCCCCCUUGCCUGUGUUCUUGUUCAGGGGAAGAACUCCAGUCCUGGUUACCAUAGAGACAGGUCCAUGAGUCUUAUGUGGACCUUUCUUUGUG